AGGGGAGGUGUGUAAGGGGCGGGGCAAGGGAAGUCAUUUGCGUGUGUGUGUGUGUGUGAUGGAGUGUGUGUGUGUCAGCGGAGGGGGUCGUGCUGGGAGGAGGCGGCGGUAGUAGAAGGUGUGAGCGGGAUCAUGUGCGCUGCGCGCGGCAGCUCCUCUCCGCAGAGCCGCUGUCCGUGGAGCCGAACGGGGGGAAGAAAAAGUCUGGAUCAGAACAAAGUGAUGUGAUGUGAACGAGCUGGAGGAGUAGCAGAAAAAAAAGAACAGGAGUAAACAUGAAGUCCAUCAUCAAUGCCUUAAAAAAGGAAGUGCCUUUCCGCGAGGCUCCAGCCUACUCCAAACGCCGCCGGGGUCCGUCUUCUGGUAACGGCAGCGGAAACGACCAGUCGCCCUCCUCGUUAUCAGCGCCGCGGGUCCUCCUGCGCUCCAACAGUGACAACAACCUAACGGUCAGUCAGUACCAGCAGCAGCACGGUUCUCCUGGCAACUGGGCCCCCCAUCAGCAGCAGCAGCACCAACACACCCAGCCCCACCUGCCCAGGGCCCCCCAGCAGGGUCACUCGCAGCCUGGCUCCUCAGCAUUACAUCGCAGCCUGUCACCCCAGCUGCUCCAGCAGAUGCCCAGCGGCAGCCCCAAUGGCAACGUGGUGGUCCGGACCAUGGGGAGGGGGGCAAGGAGCCGGUCACCCUCCCUCAGCCGGCUGGGGGAGGAGGCCAGACGAGGUAUACCAUCACAGCGACAGCCCAGUCCCAGCAGUCACGGCGAGGCGGUGGGCACCAGAAGGAAGCUGUACAGCGCUGUCCCUGGGAGACAUUUUGUGGUGGUUCGUCCUUACACCGCCCAGGCUGAGGGGGAGAUCAACCUCUACAAGGGGGACCGGGUCAAAGUUCUGAGCAUUGGUGAGGGGGGUUUCUGGGAGGGCAGCGCCCGCGGCCAGGUGGGCUGGUUUCCAGCCGACUGCGUGGAGGAGAUCCCAGCCAAGGCCACGGACGAGAGGAGCUAUUCUCGAGCGGACCGCGCUGACAGACGGAAGCUCUUCAGACAUUACACUGUGGGCUCCUACGACAGCUUCGAUGCCUCCAGUGACUGCGUGGUGGACGAGAAGACGGUGGUGCUCCAGAAGAAGGAGAACGAGGGCUUCGGCUUCGUGCUGCGAGGAGCCAAAGCGGACACGCCCAUCGAGGAGUUUACUCCCACGCCCGCCUUCCCCGCCCUGCAGUACCUGGAGUCGGUGGACGAGGGAGGAGUGGCAUGGCAGGCGGGACUCAGGACGGGGGACUUCCUCAUCGAGGUGAACCAGGAGAACGUGGUGAAGGUGGGCCACAGACAGGUGGUCAACAUGAUCCGCCAGGGAGGAAACCGGCUCCUGAUCAAGGUGGUGACGGUGAGCCGGAAUCUGGACCCCGAGGACACGGCACGCAAAAAAGCUCCUCCACCCCCAAAGCGAGCCCCCACCACAGCCCUGUCCAUGCGCUCCAAGUCCAUGACCUCCGAGCUGGAGGAACUCGUGGAUAAAGCAACUCUAAGGAAAAAGAAAGGUGAUGCGCAGAAGAAGAGGAUUGUUUUCCAAGUCACUCUAAACAAAGUGGAAGAGAUGACGCACGCGCAGAAGACGUCGCCCGUCGAUAUGAAGAUCGCCACAAUCAAACCACGCCCAUCCAGCCGCUGUUUGGUGACAGCAGCUGACAUGAAUUCCAUGUAUCAUGACCGCCAGGGAGUAGCAGUGGUGCCGCCCACUGUGCCAGGGGCCUUCUUGGGGAUACCUGAGAAGGGCACUAUGAAAAAGCAGAAGUCCAUAGGUACAUCGGAGGAUGAGAAACAGGGAUUCCUCACACCGCCCCUACUCAAGUUCUCCCGCAGCCUCUCAAUGCCCGACACCUCAGAGGACAUCCCUCCUCCCCCAGCCAUUUCACCCCCAUCGCCACCCGCCUACAACUCAGCUGCUGGCCCUACACCCAAGAGCUAUGGCACCACACGGCCCAGUUUCACCCAGAACUCACCCAAUGCAGUGACAACCAUAAGCCGAACCACCGACGUUGGUACGUUAAGGCGUGGAUAUUUCCGCCAGAGCUCAGAGCAGUUUGAGAGCACACGCACUCGAGGGCGUACGCCCGUGCCAGAGAACCCUUACUCCGAGGUGGGCAAUAAGACACUGUAUGUGCCAGCAAAACCAGCUCGAAGGAAGGGCAUGCUGGUAAAGCAGCCCAAUGUUGAGGACAGUCCUGAAAAAACAUGUCACAUGCCAGCAAGCCCCUCGGGCCCGGUUUCCAUGCCCACUACACCUGUAGAACGAACGUGCUCCUCCAUCCCCAUACCCACGAUCAUCGUUAAGGAGCCCUCCACCAGCAGCAGUGGCAAGAGCAGCCAGGGUAGCAGUAUGGAGAUUGAGCCCACCACCCCUGAACACCCACCUCUCACGCCCAAUGUUGGUGGAAGCGGAGGUUUGCGUCCUGAAGACCCUCUUUCUCUAAACAACCCCUUUGCGGCAGCUAUUGCCGGGGCAGUACGGGACCGGGAGAAGAGGCUAGAGGCAAAAAAGCACUCAAUUGCCUUCCAGUCAAUCGACAUGGGGGAUGAUGACUUCACUAGUCCCACACCAACCCCUCGCCUUCGCCAGUCAAAGUCCAUCGAUGAAGGCAUGUUCAGUAGCGAUGAGCGGCUUCGAAGGAUAUUGGCUCCCCCUCCAGCGUCACAGCUUGGUCCCCCUGUUGGGGGCGGUAGUGGCAACAUGACAGAUUUCAACACUCCUGAGCCCACAGUGGUGCGGGAGCCUCUAAACACCAGAACAGGUCAAUGUCCCAACCUGGACAGUCCCGUUAGUCUCCCAUCCACUCCUCCGAAGAGCCACUACAGGGCCAACGGGACCUACCUCCAUCCUGUCACUGGCAAGCCCUUGGACCCUAAUUCACCACUAGCUCUGGCCCUGGCAGCUCGUGACCGGGCCAUGAAGGAGCAACAAAACCAUCCUCAGAAUCAGCCACAAAAUCCUCCUCAGGUUCAGCAAACCCCCAAGCAUGAAGCCCAGUCCCUUCCAAUUCAGCCAAGCCACAAACCAGACCUCAACCAACCGCUGUUUAUCGACACCAAACUACGCUCUGGGAUCGAGACAAGUUUUGCUGCGAUCUCCACCGCAACCAUGGGACGGCCCGGUCGAGGCGGCCUGCGGAGACAGAUGACAGAGCAGAAGUAUGAGUCCGAUGGGGCACGGGAAGAACGGCAGCAUCAGGCAGUUGAGGAAAGGAAAAGUGCACCAGCGGAUGUGGCAGACACAUCACAACCCAAGUCAGCUGGGCUGUUGAUGGUCCACACCACCACAGACGCAAGCAACAAGGUGAACAACCAAGACGUGGAGGGGCAGGACAGCAACAGGCCAUCUGAGCUGAAGGACCCCAACCAACCCGAUCCUCUCAAAGCUCCAACACUGUCCGUCAAUCCCCAGCCAUCCUCGUCACGGAGGAGGAGCGUUCCCUUAGGGGGGGAGUCCUUGGAUGAACCAGUGAAGCUGCCCUUUCGUAUCCCCCCUCCUCCUUUGGCUUCAGUUGACAUUGAUGAGGAUUUUGACUUCUCAGAGCCGCUCCCCCCACCGCUGGAGUUUGCCAACAGUAUCGACAUUCCUGAUGACCAGGCUAGUGCCAUUGCAGAGAUGCUUCAUCAACAGAGACGGAACGGGGGACCUCCUCUACCAUCAUACCACGCUCACGCUCCCCCGUCUGUCAGUGAUCAUCACAAACGGGUGGCAAACAGCAUGCCCCCCUCAUAUCCACCUCCUCCACCUGACCCAGAGUCAGGGGUAGGCGACUCGGGCAUCGAAGAGGUUGACAGCCGCAGUAGCGGAGAUCCUCAGCACAUGGAGACCACCAGCACCGUUUCGAGCAUCUCCACCCUGUCAUCAGAGGGAGGCUUCUGCGACAGUACUCUGGAGAGCCUCUAUGCCACCGCAGACGGGCAUGCCUUCCUGGUGGAUCGGCCCCCUGUGCCGCCCAAACCUAAGGGCAAGUCUGUCAUCAACAGAACAUCGCUUUAUCAUGACGCUCUCAUUGAAGAGCCCCCGGAGUCAUAUGGGUCACCACCUCAGGCCCCUCCCCCUCCCCCUUCAUCCUCCGAACCACCUAGGACUCCAACUCAAAGGACAUCCAAGCUGUGGGGCGAUCAGCCCCCUGAGCUGCGCAGCCCUCCAUCCACACCGGAUUCCAAGAACACCGUUAUCACCGAGCUGAGCUCCAUUCUGCAGCAAAUGAAUCGCGACAGGCCAGCCAAGCCAGGAGAAAGCCUCGACUCCCCCACGGGGACCAGGGGGGCCUUCGGGACGAGGCCUCCCACAGAAGACUCAGGAAUGCGUAACAACGCCGCCGCAGCCUCCGCCCUCACCUCCACCCCUCCCAGCAGCCUCCCGUCCCAGACGCAUCCCUGCAGCCCGCCAGACUCCGCCUCCUCCCUCACCCCCUGCUCCUCACUGCCGCCCUCCGUGUCGCCCACCCUCACCGACGUCUUCGGCCUGCCCACCCCGCCCAUGGGCAGCGGCGGCGGGUACAGCCUGAGCUCCUCGUGCGGCGGCAGCGGGAGCUCUCGCUCCCCUUCGCCGCUCACGCUGAUGCAGGCGGUGGCGGCCUCGGGCAAACCCUUCGCAUCCAAACCCAUGGAGCUGUGGAGCAAGCACGACGUGGCGGACUGGCUGGAGAGCCUGAACCUGGGGGAGCACAGGGACGCUUUCCUGGACAAUGAGAUCGAGGGCGCCCACCUGCCCUCGCUGCAGAAAGAGGACCUGAUAGACCUCGGCGUGACCAGGGUGGGCCACCGCAUGAACAUCGAGAGGGCCCUCAAGCUGCUGCAGGACAGAUAAGCCCCGAGGAGACGGGGGGGUGACGUGCGGAGUCAUGAGCCGAGGAGGAGAGGGAGGUGUUACCGAUCACUUUCACCAAUCUCUUCAUCAGACAUAAUCUCAAGUCGUGGAUCUGGGUAGAAGUUUUGUCCGAGCUGAUGCUGCCUCUUGCCGUUUGUUCUUGUCCUCUCUCAUCCUCCGUCGCCCUCAUCUCAGCGCUCCGGUCUUGUCCGCCCUCUUCCUCCUUCCCGGCCGCCCCCGAGCAUCAGGGGAUCAUGGGAUGUCGGGCGGAACUGCAGGUGGAGAGAGAGAAGAGAAUAGCUGCUACGUCACAUCCAGGAGAGAGAAAGCAGAGGACGACGCCGAAGGACUGACCAGAAAACAACAAGAACUCUGGAACAGUUUGAACUCUUUGACAUAAAGACUCUGCAGCUGCUUUGGAAUACUCGAGACUUUUUCCAUGCACCCGGUGUGGGUGCAUGAAGAACCAGCUGAGCUGGUCGUUGCUCCUUUUCUAUCUUUGCUAGAGUUUGUUCAGAGAAUAAUAUUUCUUCACUAGAGUCCUACCGGAGUUAUAUUUCUGGGUGCAUCUAAGGUUGUAGAGAAAAAUUUGAGAUAGACUUCAUUUUUGUUUUUUUUUUGUGUUUUUUUGCUUUUCACCUGUUUGUGUCAAAAUAAGAAAAUCAGCUGACAUCGAACACGAAGACACACCUCAUGUCCACACACACACACACACACACACACUAUGCACAGUGCCCCACACACACACACCGUCUUCACACACACCCUAAAAGCACGUGCACACACACACACCUGACACUGCGAUGGCCUUCUUCUCCUGAGAGAGGAACCGAGGCGAGGACACGAGCGACGAGACGGACAGCUGCGACGCCGGAGCAGGAAUCUUCUCACCUUGGAAUGUCUGCAGAGGGCGUCCUUCCUUAGUGUGUGUGUGUGUGUGUGUGUGUGUGUGUGUGUGUGUGUGUUGAUGCUUGACCCAAAAUAUCAUUUAAGGCCAGUUUAGCUAUUUCAUGAAUCUGCUAUGUAGGCCGACGUCAGGUGAAGUAGAGCUGUUCUUUACUUUUGUACUUUCGAUCUCCUUCCACUUUCACCAUCGACACGCCGUCAGCACUCGGCCUCCACGCGGCCCCGCAGUCACACUGACGCUCAAACACUCUGACUGACGUGGUCAGAGUUUUAAAGAGAGUUUAAAGGAAAGUUUGAUUUUUUUUUUUUUUGCUGCAAAGAUUGAAACUGAUCUCGUGUUUGUAGCUGGAGCCGGGAGACGAACAUUAUCAGCACGGAGCGACAGACUCCAGAAUUGUGUCUCAGUCAGGAUACUUCAUUUCUUUGUAGUAUACCGUGGCGUAGUGUGCAGGGCCGUUUCUAGCUGUUUGGGGGCCCUGUGCAAGAUGCCUGACCCUAACCUUGUGCUUCACACAAUAAAACGCCCACCCUACCCUAUUAAUGAUAAAUGUUUCAGAAACCUUUACAGCUCCCCUAUUAUAGCAG